AGCAAUGAGUGAGCGAGCGCCCAAUAAGUGUCAGCAGUGAACGACGAGUGCGUGAGCGAGCGAGCGAGCACGAGACGUGCAAAAUACUUCUAGUGUAUAUGGUACCACACAUCCAAAACAGAUUUCAUCACGCGCACCCCCGGAGCAGCCACCGCCACACAGGACUGCACAGCGGCAGAAAAAUGGUCAAGCUACAGCCGCUUGAGUUUAUCGAUUGCUUGAUCGACAGUCCCGAUUUUCGUGAAAACCUCAACAAACAUGAGAAGGAACUGGAGAAAAGCAGCCAGCACAUCAAGCGCAUCAUCAAGGAGAUCAAGGACCUGCUGGCCGCUGCGAAAAGCCUGUCUCGAGCGCAACGAACGCUGUCGAAAAGUCUGAAGGAGUUCAACUUCGAGUGCAUUGGGUCGACACAAACAGACGACGAACAGGUGAUAGCGGAUAGUUUGAAGCAGUUCAGCAAGCUCAUAUCGUCCAUCGAGGAAGAACGUGACAAUAUGCUUGAUCGCGCACACGACCAAAUAGUGAUACCGCUGGAGGAUUUCCGGAAAGUACAUAUCGGCGGCGUGAAGGAGAACAAGAAGAAGUACGACAAAAAGACCGCCAAAUUUUGCCAAGCCCAGGAACGGUUCCUUAACAUGUCUUCCAAAAAGCCGUCCCCAGCAGUCGUAGAGGCCGAUGCAUCGUUGGGAAUGUUAGAAAGGGAGUACCUGCGGGAGUCUCUAAGCUACGUGUUGGGCAUUCAGGAGGUACAGGAGCGCAUAAAAUUCGAGUUCGUGGAAAUAAUCCUUAGAUUCAUAUCAGACUGGCUGGUAUUUUAUCAUCUUGGCCACGAGGUAGCCGAAGAUGCCAAAGAUUAUUUGUCCGAUCUACAACUGAAAGUUCAAAAGACAAGAGAAAACUUUGACGAAACGCGACAAAAGGCACAGGAACUGAAGAACAAAUAUAUGGACAGCAAAAUGAAACCAGAUAGUGAAUACACGAAGCAGGGCUAUCUCUAUUUGAUGGAGAAAAAAUUCGCCGUAGUAACGUGGUCGAAGUAUUACUGUACAUACAAAAAGCAGAGCCGAGAGUUUGCGAUGCUACAGUACAAUCAAAUGUCGGGCCGAUCGCAACAAACGACACCGGAAGUAUUCACGCUUGCCUCAUGCAUAAGGCGAUUGUCGGAGUUUGAAAAGCGGUACUGCUUUGAUUUAAUUUUCACCGAGAGGUCUACGAUGACGUACACUUUCCAAGCCCUCAGUGAGGAAGACAUAAAAGCAUGGCUCGACGCCAUGGAUGGAAAAGAGCCGACGAAUCUGACGUUAUCAACGAAGUACAACGAAGACAGCACACUGGAUGAGGUAGGAUUUGCGUUCGUAAGGAAGUGCAUCGAGAUCUUGGAAAAAAGAGGCCUAGAGGAAGAGGGAUUGUACCGUAUUGGCGGUGUAAGCACAAAGAUAACAAAGUUACUUCAGAUGGGAUUGGACCGAAAAAAGACUGAAAAGGAACGCCUAAGCUUUUUCCAUGAUGACCAGUCGGGCAGCGCGGCGGAUGUGCUGGAAAGCAAAACUAUUGCAAGUGCGCUGAAACAGUAUCUUCGGCAUCUGAGUGAGCCACUGAUGACGUUUCGGUUACAUCAUGCCUUCAUAGCUGCCGCAAAACAGGAAACGCGCCUACAAAGAAUCAACGAAGUACACCAACUGAUACACAAACUCCCAAAAAGCCGUUUUGACAUGCUGGAUAUCGUCAUAAGGCACCUAAAAUCCGUAUCGUUAAAAUCAGACCGUAACAAGAUGUCGGUUUUUAACCUGGGAGUGGUAUUUGGACCAACAUUAUUACGCGCUGCUGAGGAAACCGUCGCAGCCAUCUUGGAUAUAAAGUUCAACAACGUAGUGAUUGAAAUUUUAAUUGAAAACUAUGACAAAAUAUUCAAAACCAUACCACCAACGCUGAAAGGCACCAGUGAAUAUAUGUUGCAACCGAGCACCAGCCCAUCAUUCCAUCGACCUGGCAGCGGCGGAAGCGGUAUGGCCGGAUCGAUAGCGAUCGGUGGCGGAGGCGGAGGGGUCCAUAAUUAUUCCAAAGAACGCACACCAUCAGCGCAGCCAAUCUACGCCCAACCGCAGCCGGUGGUGCGCGUGGUAGCCAAAUCCAACUACACCGAACCGAUCAUGUCGUCGAGCUUACAGAACAUAUCGAACGGCUUAACGCCACUGUAUAGCAAGGGCACAAACCACUACCCAACGUACGAAGCGAAACCGACAAUUAUUUCCUCCUCGAUCAGCAACUCUGCCUCUACGUCACCCUUGGUUGCCCGGGAGCAACAUCUGAAAUCGAGCACAAGCUCCCCUCCGAACCAUCACCAUAGCCUUCAGAGUUCCUCGGUGCACUUGCACCACCAUCCGCAGAGCAUAAACUCCUCCGGUUACCCGAACGUGGUAUCGGGGAACGCGACGACCGUAGGGUCGGUGGCCGCAGCGGCGGCAGCAGGCUGUUACCAGUUACAUCAUCAAACCGGGCCAUCGCAACCCUCAUCACUGACGGGAGGAAGCGCUAGCAAUCACAUGACGGCCAGCUACGAUCGGGCGCUGCAUCAUCAUCAUCAGAUGCGUAGUGAUGCCGGCGGUGCCGGCAUCGACGGAGGCGGCGGUGGAGUGUACAAUCGUGUGUCUGGCCUGGCAAGCAGCGACUCCAAUUUGGCGAGCUCACGCAAAGAGCUGUCUAUCUAUGAACGCAUCAACUCGACUAGCAGUUCAAACGAAUCAGUUUGUUCGUCCUCCGGUGGCGGAACUGCCACCGGAACAAUGCGCUCCGGACACGGUCCCUGGUCUGUGGGGGUCAUUGGUGCGCCUGGUAGUGAGUAUGCUGCGCUGGUGAGCGGCAACGCCAGCAGUGCGUCAAAGUAUGGUAUUGUAGGGGCCACUGCAAGCAAUAACGUUGGUGCAACGGUAGUUGGCGGCGGUGUCGCACCAGAAGAUUCUAGUCCAAGCGGCUACAAGCCGAAAAAACAGCAGCGCAUUAAAGACUACAGCCGCCAUUAUCAGCUUACGCAGCCACACCUUUCACUCACCCAGCAGCAGCAGUACCUGCAACAGCAGCAGCACCAACAGCAGCACCAACACCAACAACAACAUGGAAAGCAUUCUUUGGCCAAUAGAGAGAAUUUACGGGUUCGCACGCUAUACGCAUGUUUGGCCGAGAACGACGGCGAACUGUCCUUUGAACCGAAUCAAAUUAUUACAAAUGUUCGUCGCUCAAACGAACCCGGUUGGUUGGAAGGCACACUGAACGGCAAAUCGGGUCUGAUACCGGAAAAUUAUGUCGAAAUCUUGAAGUAGUGAACAUUCGGUUUCUUUAUUGCUAAACAAAUGGCUAGUUGUGAUAAGGUGCAGCGGCUGCCAGGGUGGUGCACACGUAACAUGCUUGGGAAGUACUUAAGCCAAAUAGCUAGAAACCAUAGUGAACAACAAAAUCGGACGCACACGCCCCGACAAUCGGGGUUUACAUUGCCGGUACACCAUUGCCCUGCUAGAGUUGGUUGUUUCAUUCAUUAUUUUUAUGUUUAAACUAUCCAUGUUUCCAAGGUUCUCCGUAAACGAUAUCAUACAGUAAGUAAGGAGUCCCGCUUGGCAUACCAGUAACAUUGGUAUGAUCGUGCGGAUCGAUUGAUUAAGCAAGAGCUACAGCUGAGUGAAACACUUUAUGCUUAAAACAAUCAGAGAACACGAACUUACUACUACCAAUCAUCUAAUUUGAACACUCUCGUAUUGAGCCCCAUUCCUUGUAGUGGACCUAUGUAAUCUGCUUUUUUGUGAAGUAACAAUAGACCAGUAGGAAACUAAAUGGCCAGCUUGUGUAACGAAACCGGUUGACUUGAAGAGCUGAAACGAUACAAACCACGAUACAAAACACCAAAACGAUUGUGAAAUUUCACAAAAGGAUGCCGCAUUUUUUAUAAAUCGUGUACAUUUCAUAAUAUAUUGCAAAAAAUGAAUUGGGACAAAUGAAUAAUCCCGGAAAAAGGAACAAGAAAACAGAGAGAGAGAGAUAGAUAGUGCGAAAAGUCGUACCUACAGUCAACCAGAUUCCCACCUGUAUACAUACACAAAUACGCACAUACACUCACUAUACCCCGCAGUCACACAUACCUCAGUUGACGUUAUUAUCGUCCUUUGGUGCCGUUUUGCUUGUGGCUCUAAACUGCAUUUUUGUACUUUUUCGCGCGAAUCAAUGAGGCAUAUUAGUAGUGGCAUAAGGGACCGAUCGAGAGUUGCGGAACGAACGGUCUAUGUAAGAUGAUAAUUUUUUAAACCAUGCUGCAUACGAGUUAAAAUGUACUAUUUGGUUUACCGGGCGUAUGAACUUUUCCUGGUUUUUGCUCGUCUUGGCCGUAUGAUAGUUUUGAAAACAAUUGAGGCACGAUCACCUACAACUAACAACGUUUCUUCGACCCUCACGAGCACCAGAAAAUGAAGUGUAGGCAUCUUCAUUUAAUAGAUAUUACACUAUUGCAAAUAUCUCUGAGAGAAGUUUAUAUUGAUCGUGGAAACAGCAACAACAGGUGAAGACACACACACGGAGGCACACAACGGAUCGCAGGACACGGGAAGCGCGAUCAACGUUUUGAAACAUUAUCUCCUCCUAAUAUAUCAUUUAGCCGUGAUCCUAGUAAGAUGCCAUACAUUUUGUACAAAACAAAAUUUUGAAAAACAAAAAAAAGACGAAACACGUUUUCUGAAACGCAAAAGAAUAAUAUGCUUCGAAGAAAGCAUAGCAUAGGACGACAAACAGUAUGUUGAUAAAACCCCACGCUACUCAAUUUGUGAUCUGAUGGACGUUCAGCCGCCGUAUGUACCGCUGGUUACAGCAUCUUUUCCAUUUGUCCACAGCUUUUACUGCCUAUCGACCGACUUACAUUCGUUUUACACAUUUUUCGAAUUACUUACAUUGUCCAGCCUCAUCGCACAGGUGUUUUGCUCUCACUUUUAUUCCGGACACCACCUAUAGUACCGAACUGCAACCUUCUGCCGAAAUGUGGAAGGCAUUCCUUGUGAGCACAGUACAGGCGAAACUUUACUUUUAAACACAUUCCGCGUGCUACAUUUAUUCAUAUUCUGAUCCUGUAAGCUUUUCCCUAUAUAUUUUCCUCUAUGUUGCAUUUGCGUAUCAUGCUUUAUUUCGAGACUUACCGCGUAUAUAGUAUAGUAUAGUUUAACAUUAUUUCGGCUCAAAUUCUUCGGUAUUUUCUGUGAUUCUUUUACCGAUGAAAAGAAACAUUCCUAUGGCAACAAAAUAAUCUAAAUAAUGUCUAAUUAUUGACCGGCAACAGAACAGAAAAGAAUUCAGAUUAUUCGCGUAAUGAACUACAAAGUUGCUUUAAGUAGAGGAAAACAAAAGACGAUGGUUUGUCGUUGUUAUUUAAUUUAUAUCAUUCUGUUUGUUUUUUUUCUUUAAGUAAUUAUAGGUAAAUUCAUUAUGUUGACCGAUUGGGUAAAUUUUGUAUAUAAUGUCUAAUAGGAGAUGUUAGUAUGGUUUAUGAUUGUCAUUAAUGCCACCAUUUUUUUUAUGUAUAGUGCAAAUAGCUCGUAAACCCUAAAACAAUACCAACUGAUCUUUGGGAGAAGCUUAUCGAAUUGGGUAUGGCGUUAAAACUAUGUUUAAAAAUAAAUGAAAACAAUACAUAUUAAC